AUGACAUCUUCACAACAGGAGGAGGUGAAGUUUGCCAUGAAUGAAUGGAACAAGGAGGAGGCACCAGAAGACAGUCAAGCUAUGUACUGUAAGAACAACCUCAAGAAAAUUCUCGAGGAUUUUUCGAAGCAAAUACAGCAUACCAUGGGUUGUCAUGUGGGGAUGCUUGUGAGUCACAAGAAAAAAGCUAGUCAGACAUUGUCUGUUAGUUUACAUGAAUCUGAGCCUCAAAAUGCCAAGAAGAGGUUCUCUGUCAGCUCAAGCGGUAUCAAGGAGUGGACUGCCACUGGAUUUGAAUCCUUCGCAGAAUGGUCCAAGACCGACUUUUACCCUUCAGGGGAUGAAGACCAUGCAGGUUCAGAUGAUGAGGAUGAUGAAAAUGGCCCUGUCUUACCCGAAAUUAUACUAGAUGAUGAUGGGCAUGCAAAACUUCCAACCUGUGAUGUCAUCACCUUCAAGGGCCAACAUGAAUUGAUUAGAAGCAUAUUUCAUGCUUCUUACAAAGUAUGCACAGGUGGCUCUAGACCUGUGCCUUGGGGCGUGAUAACUGCCAACUCAUCCAAUUAUUUGGAACCUGGCUCAGUUCCCACUGGAUUUAUGGUCAAAGACCCUUCUCAUAUGAAGACAGAGGAGGUAAAUUGUCUAUGGAAUCAUUGGGAACAAUGGUCUGCUGCCAAACAGAAGCUAGUCAUUUUUAUCAAGGCCAAGGACAGUGAUAGGAAGUCCAAGGAGAAAAGAGUAAGCAGACUUGACUCAGAUGAAGAAGACCAAGACCAGCCAGUUUCCUUGAACAAAUCUAAUUCAACAGAGUGUAGAACCCAGCCAGCCGCUUACAGUAACCAGGCUGAAACAACCCUGGACAAUGUUUCAAUCAAUGAGCGAUAUAUAUUUUUGGAAUCUCUUAGCAAGAAUGAUGACUACCUGGAGCUCAUAUAUGCCAUUAAGGAUCUGAAAAUCUUAGCCAAUCAGAAGCCAAGUUCAGAGCAGCAUGCAGAUUUGCCUACCUGGGCUGACUGGUCUUGGGGAGGUUCUUACCUUCCUGAGGACAUGCACACAUCAUAUGGCACAUUGAAGGCCAGCUUGAUCACAUGCCUACAGUCAAUCAAAAUAAUAUAA